AUGGGUAAGUGGUUCAUUUUGGUGGUUCUGGCCCUUGUUGUGGCUAAUACAAGUGCAAGAAUUUUGCCAUUUGGAGAAGGUGGUUUGAAGGAAAAGAAGAAUAACAUUGUUGGAAUUAGACAUUCUAUUGAAACUGAAAAAGACAAUGAUGGUGUUGAUGGUGGAAUAAUCAAAGGAGAAGAUGAAAUACAUAGUGAAAUUGUUGGUGGAAUAUUAGGAGGAAAUAAUGGUAGUGGAAUAGGCAAAGGAGGAGGUAAAACAAAUAAUAAUGAUGGUGUAAUAACUGAAGGAGAAGGUGAAAUAGGCAAGCGUGAUCUUGUUGGUGAAAUAUUAAGAGGAGAUAAUUGUGGUGGACUAGUCAAAGGAGGUGGUAAAAUAGACAUUGACGAUGAUGAUGGUGUAACAACCGAAGGAGAAGGUGAAAUAUGCAAGAGUGAUCUUGUUGGUGGAAUAGUUAAAGGAGGAGGUAAAAGUGACGAUGAUGGUGGUGGAAUAACGGAAGGAGAAGGAGGCAAGAAUGAUAUUGCUAGUGGAUUAUUAAAUGCAGUUAAUGGUGGUGGGAAAGUCAAAGAAAAAGGUAAAACUAACAAUUAUGAUGGUAGAAUAAGUGAAGAAGAAGGAGGCAAGAAUGAUCUUGUUAGGAUAUUAUUAGAUGCAAUUAAUGGUGGUGAAAUAGUCAAAGAAAAAGGUAAACCUGACCAUGAUGAGGGUGGAAAUACUAAAGGAGAAGAAGGCAAGAAUAAUCUUCCUGGCGGAUUAUUAGAUUCAGAUAAUGGUGUUGGAAUAGUUAAAGGAAAAGGUAAAACUGACGAUGAUGAGGGUGACAUUACUAAAGAAGAAAGAGGCAAAAAUGAUCUUCCUGGUGGAUUAUUAGAUUCAGUUAAAGGUAUUGGAAUAGUCAAAGGAAAAGGUAAAACUAACAGUAAUGAGGAUGAGAUUACUGAAGGAGAAGGAGGCAAGAAUGAUCUUCCCAGUGGAUUAUUAGAUUCAGUUAAUGGUAUUGGAAUAGUCAAAGGAAAAGAUAAAAUUAACGAUAAUAAGGAUGAGAUUACCGAAGGAGAAGGAGGCAAGAAUGAUCUUCUUGGUGAAUUAUUAGAUUCAGUAAAUGGUAUUGGAAUAGUCAAAGGAAAAGAUAAAACUGACGAUGAUGAGGAUGAGAUUACUGAAGGAGAAGGAAACAAGAAUGAUCUUCUUGGUGGAUUAUUAGAUUCAGUUAAUGGUAUUGGAAUAGUCAAAGGAAAAGAUAAAACUGACGAUGAUGAGGAUGGGAUUACUAAAGGAGAAGGAGGCAAGAAUGAUCUUCUUGGUGGAUUAUUAGAUUCAGUUAAUGGUAUUGGAAUAGUCAAAGGAAAAGAUAAAAUUGAAGAUGAUGAGGAUAGAAUUACUGAAGGAGAAGGAGACAAGAAUGAUCUUCUUGGUGGAUUAUUAGAUUCAGUUAGUGGAUUAUUAGAUCGAAUUAAUGGUGAUGGAAUAGACAAAAAGGAAAGUAAAAUUGUCAUUAACGAUGUUGAUGGCGAAGUAAGUGAAGGAGUAGGUGAAAUAGAAACUCACAAUAUUGAAGGUGGGAUCUUUAAAUGA